CAUGCUGGCCAUACUCGGUACUCAGGCAUCGAGUUUUUAUUUUCAAUUUUCUGAUGACAAAUCUGAUGGUAAGGACUGCUUCCUAAAGGUCCACAAUUUCCCCUCACACACAAUUGAUGGCUGGAGAAUAAAACCAUGCAAUCCUCCUACAAUAAGUAGAAGUCUUGUUGUUCGUUACAGCAGUAAAAGUGCUGAGCCUCCAUACAUUCAAGUAUCAGUAAAACCUGAUCAGUCUGAACCUGUUGCUGAUGAGAUGUCCCAUGCUUUAUCUAUUGAUGGUAUACAAACAUCAUCUGAUGCAUCUAAUGUUCAAUGGAAUAUUGAAGUAUCAAAAAAUGAUUUAUUAUCAACCACUUUUUCAUCAAUUGUUCCAUCAGUUGUUGCUGCCACUUCAAUGGAAAAUGUACGACCAAAAGAUCAACAGGCCCAGCAACCAACACUUGAUUCUGCUGAACUAGCAGUAAAAGCUUUUAGGAAACAGUUUGAAGCUUUAUCAAAAUUGUUAUCAGUUUCUUCUAAUAGACUGGCAGUUGCUCCUGCAUUGUUUGGUGACGGUCUGAUUACUGAGACUAGCUUUGAUGAAGCUAUUGAUGAUGGUCCAAAGACUGAUCAAGCUAAAGGUUUAUCACUAAUGAAAGCUAUUAAAGCUACAAUCAACGAACAACCAAUAGAAGCAAUAUUAGGACUUAUCAAUGUAUUUGAGAGAGUAGAACCAUUCAAACACAUUGCACACAAACUAACUGAAGACACUCAUCUUUAGUUACCUUUUGAUUACCUUUUGGUAUCAAUUUUUGUUAAGUUUUAGUUUUGAUGUUAUAUAUUUAGAAGAGGCUC